AUGUUAAAGCUAGCCUCGCCGCCCGUUGGAAGCCGUUCUCCCGUCCUCGGCCACGCCCCGCAGCUCGCUGCCGCUCGCCUCUGCCUCCUCGUACUGCCUGUGGCGGUUGGUGGCGGUUCCCCGGUGCCGUAUUCGCCGUGGCCGUUUGGCGUGGCGUCAGCUGCGCUUGCCUCGCCGGUGCAGUCGGCGCCGGUUACCCCUGUUGCGGCAAUGUCUGUCGCGGGUUCUCCUGCUCACGCGUGCUCCACGGUAGUCGACUCUGGACGAGAGUCGGCGGGUGUGGCCGUCCAACCGCGCGUGGUGGCGCCGGCGCCUGUACCUGCCUUCGUUCUGGCGCCGGCGGCAGCCGCAGGCGAACUGGCAUGCGCACCAGGGUGCUCGCGGCGUGCGGCUCCAACGCCGUCUGCUCCCCUUCCGGUCGCUCGCCCCGUGGUUGCUCCGACGCCCGCGGUGUCACUGCCGACUCCCUCGGCCCCUGCUCGUAGUGGUGGGGCUGGACUUCCUCGACUACAGCUCCCUUCUCUGGCUGAGGAGCUCCUUCCCCCGUGCGCCGAGGUUCCGGAGGCGACGCUCGGACAGUUAUGGAGGCUCUCGGAGAGCCUUCGUGCGCUCCUGCUUGUGCAGUCCAUGGCGCACGGGUCUCUUCCGCCUGUCCCGGCGGAGUCCCUGCUUGACGGCCCGCGGGACGACUGUCUUGACGCGGCCGACCAGAUUGCCCUCCUCCUGGCGCCUGUGUUGGCCGCGCCCGUGCGGGGAGGCGUUGGGGCUGUGGGGCAACUUGACGCGGCUGUGCGGGACUUACGGAGGUACCUGCGGGCAGGUUCCGGAGCCGACGCGAUUGGCGCCGCCAUUCUGGUGGUCCGCUCGGUGUGGCAGACGAUGACGGGCAUUCUGCAUGCCCUGCAGGCGGAUCGGAUGUAG